UAUACAUAGGCAUCGAUGCAUCGGCUUGUAAUAAUUACCAUAAAACCUCAACGCUCCUCAACGAAACGAAACGGACAAUGUCUCGGCUCGAGGGUGAGACUGUCUCGCCGGCCAACAUGUCACAAGCUGACCGCCAACUUGAUCCGAUGUGUGCCUUUGUGCAGAGUAUUCUUCUUUUUGUUGAGUAAAGAUUAAGCACUAUUGUUUACAUACAUGAUUUUACUAUUGCUCGUUACGCCAACAUCGCCCUGUUUCCCGACCUCAGUUCCACGUGUGGGGCUGCGUGACUGGUCGCUCCGCCUCAAUCCGCCUCCGUGCUUGCGCGUUUGCGUGUAUGUAAGCCGCAAGGCUUGCGCGUCCCAUGCACGCAACCAGGUGGCUGCUGCUGUGCGUCGGGAUCGACCCGUUGACAGGACGCGGGCGAAGUUUUCCGGAUAGCGUGACGACGCUGUCUCAGACCCUCUGGAACAGGUUUGAAGCCCACGGCGUUACACAGGGCCUCUCAAAAAUUCCCGCCUGUUGCUGUUGGGCAAGUGCUUUCCGGUCCCCUUUUCCAAUCUCCCAAUUACCGGACCGUAGAGACAAAGGAAAAUGCAAAAAAUAUGCUAGUCCGAAUCCAGUGGGUAUAUGAAGCGAAAUGGUGAUCGGGGUAUCGAAAAAAAAAGAAAAAAAGUGUAGGAGCCUCAAUCCGGGAGUGCUCGGGCCAAAUGCGAAUAUUAGAUGUCGGCAUCAAGCCGUUUCGUGCGCGUUGACGCAUAUUUGGCGUAUUAUCCGGAGCCGUCGUGGAGUAGGCAUAGUCGUCCACAGGUCGGUGAUUUGGUGAAUGGAUCACCUGCUCACAUCAUUCCCAACCUCGUCAUCCUCUUUUCCAUCUUGGGCCUUUGCCCCAUCGGUCCCAGUCGGCUGGGGUUGUAGCCGCCGCCCAUGCCACCCCUCGGUCCACCGGGCAAACCCAUAUGCGGAGGCCGGAACCCCAUGCCACCACCCCUGCCACCUCGGCCACCCCUGCCGCGAC